UGUCAGUCUCGCAGCGGGGCACGCCGAUUGGGCGGGCGGCCGCUGGGCCGCGGGGGCAGCACGUUGGGAUGCGCGCUACUUAAAGUCCUGCUGCGUGAGCUAUUGACGUGUUUGGAACUGGAGGCUGCCUGGGUGCUAUAGAAGCGUCAGCUCGAGCAAGAAGAUUUAGGAUGCCUGUGGUGACAAAGAGACUGAGAGAUCCUGACAUAAACCCUUGUUUGUCGGAGUCUGAUGCUUCUACCAGAUGUAUGGAUGAAAAUAACUAUAACAGGGAGAGGUGUUCCAGUUACUUCUUGAAGUACAAAAACUGUCGGAGAUUCUGGAAUUCUGUCAUGGUGGAAAGAAGACAGAAUGGAGUAAAGCCAUUUAUGCCUGCAGCAGCAGAAAGAGCUGAAAUCUUGGGAGCAAUGGGAAAGAUGCCCUAUUGACUGUUUGCAUUAAAAUUGAUUAUAUAACUAGAAGCAGAUACAGACAUGGAUGCCUUCCUUACCAUUGGUGCCCUCCUGUGUGCAGAUUCAUUUCUUCCUUGAUAUGUAUCCAUAAGGUUGAAUUUCUAGGUCUGUAGUAACUCUUCAAAUUGUUGAGGAUCUGACCCUUUCCUGAAGUAGCUGCCCUAUUUGACAGUUCUACUAGCAGGGUAUCAGAGUUCCAAUUGGCCCACAUCCUCAUGAUGACAGUCACACGAGUGGAUCUGAACUGCUACCUGCUUUGGUUUACCUUGAGUUUCCCUGAAGCUUGAUAAAUAACUUGUUGAGCCACUUUUUAGUGAGAAUUUUGGCUGUUUGUGCAAUUUUGGAGAAAUGUCUAUUUAGAUCCUUUGCCCAUUUUAAUUGGGUCUCAUUGAAUUGUACAAUUUUUAUGCAUAAUAGAUAUGAUAUAGGAGCUACGUGAUAUGCAAAAACUUUCUGUUAGUUGUAUUUUCACAUCACGGUCUACGGUACCAGGGACUAAACUCAUGACCUUAUGCUUGCCAGGCAGGCGCUUAUGCUGCUGAGCUAAAUCCCCAGCCCUUAUGGUACACUUUUCAACCCAGAAGUUACUUCUGGUGAAUGUGAAGCUAAACAGCAUGACCUUUUAAGACGGUUGUUAAUCUCUGCAUCUCUUCAGAAUGAAAUAGCAAUUUCAGAGGUUUUUUGUUUGUUUGUUUCAUUUGUGCCAUUUCUAGGAAAAUAUUACCUACUGUUAGAUCACAGAAAUUUAUAUGUGUUUUCUUCAAAGAGUUUUAUCUCUCCUGUUUAGGUUUCUGAUCAUUAUAAGUUAAUUUUUUCAUAUCUUUUUUCCAGUUUUUGUAGCACUGUACAUUGAAAAGGGCUAUUCUCCCCACCCCCAACUGAAUAAUCUUAGUACUUUUGUUACAGAUCAGUGGGUUGUACAUAAGAGUAUUUUUCUUCACUUUCAAUUCCAUUGAUCUAUAUUUUAGUUAUACUUGUCCCAGCACCACCCUGUCUUGGGGACUGUAGCUAGGGCAUACCUUUUCAGUGACUGGUUUUUGUGUAUGUUUUCUAUGAAAUGAUUUAGUGACAAACUGUUUUAAGAUUUUUGAUCAGCAAACUCAAUAUAUGUAUGUAUACUGGCUUCAUGCUGGCAAAACUGUUGGGUUCUAAGUUCAUUUUCAUGAUACUCUGUAAUUCCUAGUUAGCUUCUUUAUACCUCCCUUAAUAAUUUCAGUAAGGGACUCUGAUUAUACUACCUUAGAGAGACAGAGUCCCAAGCGUUUUACUCAUCACUAUUGUUAAAUUUGUGAUUAUUGUGUUUCUCUUUCCAACAUUCUACUUUGGGAGAAGUGAAGUUAAUUAACUUGAUAAAUUAAGUUAGGAUGUUAGUGGGUGCCGUGAGAAAUUUGGCAUCGGACAAGCCUUUGUUAUUCACUGUCAAGUAACAAAAACACAAAUUUUUUUUACCGUAUUCAUGUUCAUCUCUUGUAGGAAGCAUCUCAUUACGCAUUCUCACUGGGAUGUACAGUGUGUCUGUAGUAUGUAAAAGCAAUCCUUUUGAUAAUCACUGUAUUUAUUUGUAAGUUCCUGGAAGACAAACAAUAUCAUUCCUGCUUAUACUCAUAAUGUCUGGUCUGAAUCUAGUAUGUUAUAAAUGAUCAACAAAUGUAAAUGUGUGAGGAGUUGGUGGCUUUUAAAAUUGGAAAAAUGUGCAGAUUGAACAAUGCAGAGCAGUGGAUGGUAUACAGUAAGUCUUCCCUGGAAGCACUCAGUGUCGGGAGCUUUUGGAUCUUCCACGAUUGUGUGUAUUUGCUUUCACCUAAGGAGCAUCAUAGUACAUGAUGUGUGGCUAUGGCACUUUGCUUUUUUCUCUAACCGAUGCAGUUUGGAAUAAUUUUUUUGUAACCAGGAUUAUAGAGUUACUCCAUUUCUGACAGGAAUUGUUUUUCCACUGUACAGUAUACCAUCACUGAACAGAUCUAUGGCUGGACCUACUGAAAUAAAGUCACAACAAUUAUUACUGAA